GGCCGACGGAUUAUGUGCGCCCGGGCGCUUGCGCAUGCGCUAUGACCGGCCGCCGGCAUCUCGUGUUUCCGAUCGCGGGUAGCGGAGUCGUGUGGUAUUUUAGCUCCCGCUGCGUGUGCGCCUGCGCUGAAGGCGCCUUAUUCCCCACCUCCACUCCCCCUCCCUUCCCCCACGAGACAGGCGCCCCUCCCCCAUUCCUUCUCCGUUUCACCCCCUCCCCCCCGCCCUAUCUCUAGACCUAGCCCCCAGCGGGGGUUCUGGAGCGGGACCAUGUUCACCAGCACCGGAUCUAGUGGGCUCUAUAAGGCACCUUUGUCAAAGAGCCUUUUACUAGUACCCAGCGCCCUUUCGAUUUUAUUGGCACUGCUCUUUCAACAUUAUCAGAAUUUCUUUGUGUAUAAUCUACAAGCUGUAAAGAAUGAUUUGCAGGUCUGGAGAUUGAUAUGUGGAAGAAUAAUUUGCCUUGAUUUGAAAGAUACAUUUUGUAGUAGCCUGCUCAUAUAUAAUUUUAGAAUAUUUGAAAGAAGAUAUGGCAGCAGGAAAUUUGCAUCCUUUUUAUUGGGUUCCUGGAUUUUGUCAGCUUUGUUUGACUUUAUCCUUGUGGAAGCUAUGCAGUAUUCAUUUGGUAUCACAGCCACUAACUUGCCUUCUGGUUUUCUCGGGCCUGUAUUUGCUCUGUUUGUACCAUUUUACUGCUCCAUUCCAAGAGUUCAAGUGACACAAAUUCUGGGCCAGUUUUCCAUCACAAACAAGACAUUGAUUUAUAUAUUGGGGCUACAGCUUUUAACCUCUGGUACCUACAUUUGGGUUGUAGCCGCAAGUGGUCUGAUUGCUGGUAUGUGUUAUACCAGUAGUGUAUUAAAAGUUCAUCAGGUUCUUUGCAUACCCCGCUGGAUGGCAAAGUUGUUUUCUUGGACACUUGAACCCAUCUUCUCUUCUUCGGAACCAGCCAAUGAAAUCCGAAUUGGAAUGGGAGCAACAGUAGACAUUCAGAGACAGCAAAGAAUGGAAUUGCUUGAUCGUCAGCUUAUGCUGUCUCAGUUUGCACACAUGAGGCGGCACCGACAGCAGCAGGGUGGGAGGAUUAACUGGAAUCGAUUUUUUCCUCAUGUACGUCAGAGACGGAAUGCAAAUGCUCGAGAUGUUCGACGGCCUGAACAAGAAGUAGCAGCACCUCCUCUUGAGGUUUCUGAGGAGCAGGUUGCCCGACUCAUGGAGAUGGGAUUUUCUAGGGUGGAUGCUCUGGAGGCCCUGAGAGCUUCAAAUAACGACCUUAAUGUAGCUACCAACUUUCUGCUGCAGCACUGAGGAGCUUGAGGAAUUCAGCUGACAUGGUUGGCUUACCAUCUGAGGCGGAGGCAGCAUCUGCCUCCUGGAUGACAUUGAAAAAUCUUUACCAAAUGAAUCCAAGGCAACAAAGCCAUGUCUACAAAAACUAAGUUAUAAUGUUGGGUAGAGGGUAGGUAUGGCCUGUUGCUGCCAUGCCAUUAAACCCCAAGGUCAUUAUGAUUAUACUAUCUGAAAAUAAGUUUGCCAUUGAAUUAGCUAGCAUGUUCUUUUUUAUCUUCAUUUUGAAAAACUGGGUCUUUUCCUUAGUUUUGGGAAUCAACAGUAAAGAAUUUGUUACAGUAUGUGUAUAAAAUGCUGAGAGAGUACAAACUUAUGCAGCAGCUCAGGGCCACUGCAGAGGGGACAUAGAAGCUGUUGUAAGUUAUACUAUGUUUAUUAUAGUACAUUAUCCCGCAUAAUCUUUUGAUUGCAAUAAUAAUAUUGAAGGGAAAAGGGAAUAAUGUUAUUUCAAUAAGGACAUAUCAGAUUAUUCUUUGUAAAAGUUUUUUUAAUUGUAGUUUUUUUUUCUCAAAUUUAUUUUUAAACCUAAAGGGCUAUUCAAGCCACACCCAAUACCACCUGGAUACCAGAAGUAUGAUUUCUAUAUCUAUUAUAAAUCGUAUUAAGUAAGGACUAACUAGGGAAGCACUGAGUCAUGCACUCCUCAUUAUUACCAAUCCGGGGCAGAUUUUCUAAGCCUUUCUCCCCUUGUCCUCCAGAAAAAGCUACUAAUUAAAAAAACCUAGAAGAGACUCCAAAACAAUGAAAAAGCUGUGGGGGGAAAAAAAGGAUCUAGUGUUAACUCUCCCUUGAAAAUCCAAAGUAGAUCCGUAAUGGGGAAGUGAUUCAGACAGCAAAAGAAUGAAAAUGGAGCUAAAAAAACCAAACAAACCAGCUCGACGGCAUCCAGCCGGCUUCAACAGGAUCAGAAUGACCUGCUGGAUCUUCAUGAUGGCCUAGGUGAAUACUUUAUAGUUGACAUGUGAUGGAUUUGUGAAUAAGCUAUCCAUUAUUUUCAGGAAGUGGAGAUGAGGAACUCUAGCCCACCUUUUGUGUCUGGUUCUUGGGCUAAGUAUUCGCCUGCUGAAAACUUAGAUUGAUUGUCCCCUGGCUGCACCACCAGCAUUAGCCUCUCUAGAAGUGGCACUUCCUGGCAGCCACAAAGCUGGGAAGCUUGGCAUCUCAAAGGGCCAACCCAGGGCAAUGGAGAGGAUAUGGAUAACAUUUCAGAAUUAUCACCAUAAGCAGAGAAAACAGAAAUCAGGAUUGGAAAGGAAUGGAAAACGG